GCGGCUGUGCCUGUGCGAGUUGAUUGGCUCCACUCAUUUCUGGGCACAAUGUGGGCGGAGCGUCCUGAAGGGUGUGGAAAGUUAUUUUAAAGUCUGAGAGGUGGAAAUUAAUCUGGAGGCAGACGCUGUUGUUGCUUUCCACUUGUUGCGCGCAGUUGGGAUAAGGAGAGGCGCUUGUGUUGCACCUUUGGUUCCUGACAUUCCCCCCAUCUCCGAGUAGAAUGUUCCGCAGCCUGGGGCUCCUGCUGUGCCUGGCCUCUCUCACUCUGCACAUUAGAGGUCAAGAUGACUUUGAUCUAAAACAAGUUUUCGAUGAUGAUGUUGUCGAUGUAACUAAAAAAACACCUGCUGCUCCCACCAAGCCUGUGGAUGGACCCCCAAAAGCAACUCCAAAACCAAACCCAGGUGGUGCUGGGAUUGAGGAUUUUAAUCUUGACGAUGCAUUUGACAAUGGCGAUAAAGGCCCUGAAACUCCUAAGCCUCAGCCUGGUGGUGGUGGAGGAGCAGGUGGUGGAGGACAUAUCAGCGACAACGAUCUUGUUGAUGGCCAACCUUUACCCGAUGAACCCAAAGACCGUGACUAUCAUCCAUCUGCUGACACAGAAGAAAAGCCAGUAGAAGAACCAAAAACCAGCAUGAUUGCUGGAAUACUGGGCGCAGUAGGUGCAGCUGCUUUGGGGGCAGUAUCAAGCUUUAUAGCUUACCAGAAGAAGAAACUGUGCUUCAAAGAAUCAAGCGGUGACCCAGAAAAUGUAAACAUGGAAAGCUAUAAAGGGGAUCAAGCAGAGCCACAAGUUCAACCCUUCCUCGCCAAAUAAUCGUGGAAAUGAAGACAUCCAAUGAAUACCACAACACUUAACACACUAGUGGCGAAUUAUGGAGAAGCAACAUCAGUCAUCUACAUUUUCUAAAACUGCCUAAAAUCUCUAGUAGAAGGAAAAAUGUUUGGGAGACCGAUAAACGUGCUCUGUUACAUACAAUUUGGGUAUUGAAAACUAAAUAAUGCAUUGUUUUAGGUGUAUAUACUUUAGUUUUGCUUUGAGACUUUUUUUUUUUUUUCUUCUUGAACAGAUGCACACAUUAUCCUCGCUUUAUAUUUAGUGCCAUCCAUGGUCGGCACAACUACAUGUUAUCAUUCAUGAUGUAAUAAGAUAAAAGUAGAAGGUCGUGUUCCACUGACUAGGUAUCAUGGGGGAAUAUCCUUGAGUGGCUUUAAGCUUUAUUCCAUUUUCUGUUUUAAAUUAAUCGGUUAUUUUUUAAUUAAAAAAAGGUAAAAAAAUUACUAUUUGGAGACGUUUGUAUAAUAUCCACUGGUAUGACUUGAAUGUAAAUACCACGAUGCCUUAAUCAUUGAUGUGUAGGUCAGCAUAUCUCACACCUAUCAAUUCCUAAACUGUUUCCUUCAUACGGAUGGCAUGUUUUUAAGCUUCAUUAUCUAUAUGUUCCCUCAAAAUAACAAGCGCCUUAAUAAAGUUUCCUGAAUUGGUUUUAACACCUGGCUUAUAUCACAGGGUGCAUUUUUAUAGAUGCUUCUUGAAGUUAUGGUUAAAACACACUCUCUGCUUUUGUUGGGUUGCUUCUCUUUGACAUCAGCUGGAAACACUGAGGCUCAUUACAUACAAUGGGCAAAUCUGCACAUGACCAAACAUUGCCAUGUGUUACUAACCAGGAGCAAAUUUGCCCAGUGUUUAUAAAUGACCCCCUGUGGGUUGCAGUCAUAUACCCUUGUGACAUUGCCCAUGAAGUUAAGGGUUUGCUGCAAGUGUUUGAAGAGGUUAGGGCAAUGGCACAUGGGACGUUUUGUCUCCAUGGUAAGUCUGCACUAUCGCAUGCAACAACAUUUCCAUAGUUUCCUUCCCACAGGCAGUAAUGUGAAUUGAUGGUGGGAGAACACACGUGUCAUGAAGUAGGCCAAAGUUUCCUUGUAUAUGUUGUAUGUUUUGUAGUAGUGAUAAGGAACCAAUCUUAUAACCAAACUACUCCAUGUGAAGGAUGUUCCCAAACAAGUGCCACAAAAUGUUUCAUUUUGUGGCUACUGAAAAUAGAUUUAAAGAAGGACUUUUGUUGUCUUUGAUCAUCUUGUUUUACUUCAUUUACAGGUAAAAAUCUACUGGAUUGUGUGGGGACAUACUUAGGACAUGUGGGCUACAUCGCCCUACACAAUUCACUUUUGUGGUUUUCUACUAAUUCUGGCCAUAAGCUGGAUUCCAUGUGCCAGUAAUUAUAAAAUGUUAAUUUUUUUUUUUUAUAUAGAUUUAUUUGACUAAACAGGACACAUUCUGAAAGUCACAAUCUAGUUUCUGUUCGUCAGAACAUAGUUACAGCAAAUCAACCGUUCAUUGAGAAGCCUCUGAAUAAACAACCCCACUUUUUCCACCUACAGCCUGUUAUCCAUUUAGAUAAGGAGCAUGUUAUCAUACAGGGGGCUUCUCAGUGGACAGUUGAUUGGUUUUGUUUGUCCUCAGAAAUUUAGUUUUUUUUAGAGCAAAAAUAGAAGUUUCCAGUGUUAGCUCAGGUACAUUUGUACUGGGUUGAAAGGCACUGGAUGUUUGUUCUUGGAACUAUACGUAGAAUUGUGCAAGUGGGCAGGAGAAAAUAACAAUCUGACUUAAAAGUGGUUUGGAACAUUCUGCUAUUUAAAGUUCUGUUCUGCUCCAUAAUUAAACAAUAUCACCGAUGAUAUCCAGAUCAAAGGUUCAGGUGACUGCCAUGGCUGUGUAUAGUAAUUGGGGCUGCUCCCAUAGGAAACUUAACUUCUACUCAUUUUUUAAAACUGUCACACAUACAAAACUCCUUAGUAUAGACCCAAACCUCACUACUGGAAAUGCAGUUCCCAGUGUCAAAGUUCCAACAAUCACUAAUUUUAAUUGUAAAUGUUGCCCAAGUGUAUCAUAAGAAGUAUGGGUAUAGUAUGUGUUAUGGGAGUGUUCUUGGUUUGUAGUGAUUUCAUGGACAUUUUAUAAAAGGACAACAUUUGUGCAUAGUUAUAGCGUUUUUAAUUGGAUUACAUGUGUAUCACAAUCAUGUGAACUUGGGUCAAUAUAUUUAGCUGGAGUAAACGUUGUUAGCUGUUUUGCUGUGGCCAAUAAACUUUUGGCUUUUGUCUGUA